AUUUGCUUGUAACAUUUUCUAGUCUCAAAUGCUUCCCAAAAUUUUAGUCUACCCAACUCUACUUUUAUUUCUUUUAGCAUGCGGCUUAAUGCUGCUGUGGAGGGAGCGUGUGUGUGGGGUGAAAUCACGCGUGCGUUGAUCCGCGCUGCAGUAACGUGCCUCGGCUCCCUCUUGCCAGCCCCGCAGCCUUCUUCUCAAUCUGCAUUCACGCCGAGGCUGCUUUCACAUCCCAUUAGGUGUGUAAUUCUAAAACGCAACAUAGGGAGGCAGUUUUCAUUCUUAUUUAUUUGUAUAUGGUUUCUGUGCUCGCUUUAUUAUUAUUUUCUUUGUUUGUUUUAAACCAUCUUUUUGUUUGUUUUGGACGAUCUCGAGCCUGGCUGCGCUCCUCGCGUUGGAAAUAAAAAAGGGGGGGAAAAAGCUGCGUGAUGCAUCGUGGGCUGGGAAACCACUAAACAAGACGGGCAUCUGCACCAGGCGCGGAGACGAAAAGAUGGUGAGGAUGACGAUGGCGGCGGCUUCACCAAAUUUCGCCUCCGAGUGCUCGACGGCCAUGGCGAAGCCUUCUUCCCUCGCGCGCAAGCUCUUCCUAUGGCUCUUCAUUGCAGUCAACCUCCCCACCAGCUCCUUCCAGACCGAUGACGACGACGAGGUGUCCAACAAGACAUGGGUCCUGACCCCAAAGGUGUACGAGAGUGACGUCACACACAUCCUCAAUGGCCUACUAGACGGAUAUGACAACAAACUCAGGCCCGACAUCGGAGUUAAACCGACAGUGAUCCACACAGACAUGUUCGUCAACAGCAUCGGUCCAGUGAAUGCCAUCAAUAUGGAAUACACCAUCGACAUCUUUUUCGCCCAGACCUGGUAUGACAGACGGUUAAAGUUCAACAGCACGAUGAAGGUUCUGCGUCUCAACAGCAACAUGGUUGGGAAGAUCUGGAUUCCCGACACGUUUUUUCGCAAUUCGAAGAAGGCCGACGCCCACUGGAUCACAACACCCAAUCGCAUGCUUCGGAUCUGGAACGACGGGCGAAUCCUCUACACGCUCAGGUUGACCAUCGAUGCCGAAUGCCAGCUGAAACUGAACAACUUCCCAAUGGACGAGCACUCGUGUCCUCUGGAGUUUUCAAGCUACGGCUACCCCAAGGAGGAGAUUGUGUACAAGUGGAAGAGGAGCUCAGUUGAAGUUGGAGACAUCCGCUCUUGGAGACUUUACCAGUUCUCCUUUGUGGGCCUGAGGAACACCUCGGAAAUUGUCAGGACUGUCUCAGGCGACUACGUGGUGCUGACGGUCUUCUUUGAUCUGAGCAGGAGAAUGGGCUACUUCACCAUCCAAACCUACAUACCGUGCACGCUCAUUGUCGUCCUCUCUUGGGUCUCAUUCUGGAUCAACAAGGAUGCGGUGCCAGCCAGGACGUCAUUAGGCAUCACCACCGUGCUGACCAUGACUACGUUGAGUACCAUUGCCAGGAAGUCUCUUCCUAAAGUCUCCUACGUGACAGCCAUGGACCUGUUUGUCUCCGUCUGCUUCAUCUUCGUCUUUGCCGCACUAAUAGAGUAUGGCACGUUGCACUACUUUGUCAGCAAUCGGAAGCCAAGCGCCAAAAAGGACAAGAAGAAGAAAAACCCGCUCCUCCGGCUCUUUUCCUCCAAGACGCCCACGGUGGACAUCCGCCCGCGCUCGGCCACGGCCAUCCAGAUGAACAACGCCACGCACAUGCAGGAGCGCGACGAGGAGUACGGCUACGAGUGUCUGGACGGGAAGGACUGCACCAGCUUCUUCUGCUGCUUCGAGGACUGUCGCUCGGGGGCGUGGCGGCACGGCCGCUUGCACAUCCGCAUCGCCAAGAUUGACUCGUACGCGCGCAUCUUCUUCCCCACGGCGUUCGGUCUCUUCAACCUGGUCUACUGGGUCUCCUAUCUCUAUCUUUAAGAGCGCACGUCCGGCCUUAUCACCGCGCUCUUGACGCUGUGUGGGACAUUUCUUCAAAGAGAGUCAUCGGUUUUGGAGCGGCAGACGGCGCAAAUCCUGUAGCAUUACAUUAAGCGGCAUGACAAGAUCGAUCAACGCCGAUUUGAAGUAUUCCUGUGCGUGAUAAGCUUCUGUUCACUGUGCCAACGCCUCCCAUUUGGUUUGUUUUUGGUUUGUUUUGUUUUUCGUGGACCAAUGGAAAUGAAAGUGGUGAAAUGGAAGGAAUCACUGUGCUGCAAAGUGUCAAGCACUUUAAAAGUGUCACAAUUAGGGAUGGGCAUUUGGUGACACUUCAGAUGGGGCGCUGAACCAGCCCAUGAACCAAAUUCAAUUGUUUCGAUAUCGCGCCUGUGUUAGUUGCAGCCGGGUAGCGCGCUCCAUUUCACCGUAGCCGCUUCAAAUCCACCUAAUUCGUCACCACCAAUUAAUCAAUUACGAUGCCCAUCCCUAAUUGAAGCAGGUUUUAAUUUGGCCAAUGCGAUUGCGCAACAAAUCGUCUACCAUUUUUAUGUGUGCAGUCAAAGCGACGGCGGCGACGUUGUUUAUGGACAACUGUACAAAUACUGUAAAUAUUUUACUACUGGAUAGUGUGUUUAUAUUUAUUGCAUGCACCUUUCAAGGCCAGGAAGAAAAAAAUACACGUAUUUUUGUCGGGUAUUGCUGGGUAUCAUUCAGGGGUUGAAAAAAAAAUCUUUACAUUCAGGUGGAAAGGUUAGCUCCACGUUUGUUUUUUUGUUUGUUUUUUUUUCCUCACAGCUUUCAACACAAGCAACAUUUUCUGUUAAAAGCCAAGAUUUGCAUAAUGUGUUCUCUGUAUGCAAGAAGACACACAAGCAAAGGUACUUUUGUCUCUGUGCGCUUGCCCUUCACUGCUUGUGAGAAAAAAAAAAAAAAAAACGCAACAUCACAAAGACGACCUCGUAACUCAUCAACAUUCCAAAGCGGAUGUCAGUGCAGAUACCGGAGGAUCGUUUGUGGAGCUCACUUCGAAGAUGACACAAAACACAAAGCUGUGAAAGCCUUAUUGCGGAGCCUCUCACUUCGUGCUUGUUGGAGCCGAAAAGUCCCAAAUGUUUUGUUCCUCCGAUCCGUUUGCUUUGAAUGGUGUGGUGCUGAGAGAAGACGCAAAUGAAAGCGUUGUAAAUGUUGUGUAUCAUGUCGUGUAAUAUAUAAACGCACUGAAGACAUGGGGAAGGUGGGGGGGAGAGGCGUGUUUUUGAUAGAUCGGGGCAAUAACACUCGUCAACAAUUUUUUUAUCGGAGAUGCCUGUAAACUUAGAUUUUUUUUUUUUGGGCGUUACGAAUUUAACGCUUCCCUCAGUUUUUCUCUAGCACAUCAGGUUUUCAUCAUAAUAAAAUGGAUAAUACAGUAAUACAUUUAGUAAUGUUUGCAAAUAGGAAUUCCUUUCUAGCUAUAAAUUUGUUUUGGGUC